AAUGCGCAAGAUGGACCAGUUUCUGUCAGCCUGGAGAGAAAGGGGAGUUCCAGAGGAAUGCCUAAAACAAAUGGCAGAGGACAAGAUUGAUCAAGAUGUUGUGAAGUUCCUUGAAGAAGAUAAGCUCUCUAUGUAUAUUCCACGAUAUGGAGACCGUGUUUUUGCCAAAAACUGGAAGGAGUUAUCUUCAAGUGAAUCGGAGGAUACAGAGCAAAGGAAAAGAAAGUUAAUCAGUAACUUAAGAGAGAAGAUGAAACUUCCAUCAGCCGCCUCAGUCACUGCAACCACCAGCAGUCAAUCAAGGUUUGCACUCUGUGGAAACAGGAAUGCUUCAAAAAAGACAAGGAAAGUUGAAUUUGGCUGGUUGAACUACCAAGACACUGUGUAUAAACAAGUAAGAAGGGCUACUGGGGGUGGAACACGAGAAAUUAUUGUAAAUAAAGAUGAGAGGGUAUCCACUAUUCUGGAAAGAGGAAGGACACUUUUUUUCCCUGGUGGCACAUCAGUUAAAGGGAAAUUAGAGGACUUUGACUGCAUGCUUUCUGUCACUGUUUCGGGGGAACCCAUUGAAGGCAGUGUCACGCUCCAAAAUUUGAUUGAGCAAACUCAACACAAGACCCUUAGAGUAUACCUCUGCACAAAGGGAAAAGAGUACAGUAAUCCUGAGCUUUGUGAUGAAGUUUCAGACAUGCCCCAUUUACCUGACCCAUACAGUGAACCUGGACCGCCUCCACAUUCAUCACCACCCUCAUCCAGCCCACCACUGGUCUGUCCUGUCAAAAGACCUCAGAAUAGCAGAAGGCCUCUCUCUUGUAGCAGUCCCAAUAGUACCUCAACACUCCAAUCUACUCCAUCUUUUACAACAUCAGACCAGCCUCUCACAGACACAUCAAUUGAUGAUAUAGUUAUUAUUGGACACCAGACAAACAUGCAUUACAAAUGCGUUGAUGGCCUCGCUGAUACUCUUAUAUACUCACCAAUACAAGAAGAGCAUCUUACAGUAUUUGUGGAGGAAAAAGAAAAUCUAGAUGCAAAUCUAGAUGCACCCUGGUCAGUAACCAUCGAACAACCAAGCGCCGCACUUCACAAUGUGGAUUUGGAACAGAGUUCCAGCAGCACAGAUUUCUUUGCAAAUCCUGAAAAUGUGGUGGAGGAAGAAGUCAUUGUAAUCCACAAAGCACAGUGUCUCAUGGACAUGAUUGAAGCAUUUUCAAACGAAAACAUUCUUGAUACAAAUAUUUCAAUCAGGCGUGUCCUUGAACGUGGAGAAGUUGAGGCUGGAGUUGGGAGUGGGAUCAUCAGGGACUGUCUAACCGAUUUCUGGGAUAUUUUCUACACUACAAAGACCAGUGGAACCAGCUACAAGAUCCCAAAUUUGCACCACAAAUUCAAAGAAAGAGAGUGGACAGCCGUUGCUCGCAUAUUGGCCUUUGGAUGGCGGCGUUCUCAGUUCUUACCAGUCCAACUUGCCCCUCCAUUCCUUUCAGAGGCUCUGUCACUCACCUGUUCAGACAGCAAUCUACUGGAGGCUUUCUUCAACUACAUCAGCACAACUGAGAAAGAUGUGCUGACUGAGGCAUUUGACAACUUUAAAGAGGCAGAUAUGGAUGAACUUCUCAGCAUACUGAGCAGUCACAACUGCUCUGUACUGCCAUCUGAAGAAAAUCUGCACAGCCUGGUGGAGGAAAUAGCCCACAAAGAAAUGGUACAAGAACCAGCAUUUAUCAUAAAAUGUUGGAAGCCAAUUCUUGCAUCUAUUGGACAAACCAUGAGUAACACAGGAUUGAAGAAGAUUCUGGAUGAUCUGAAACCGAAAGCAAGGAACAUCACUAAAUCCAUCAAGUUCCCAGAAUGUAUGUCAGUGGAGGAACAAACCACCUCAAAUCACCUCUUGAGAUUUGUCAGAGAAAGAGAUGAGAAGGAGCUUGGUUUGUUCCUCAGGUACUGUACAGGGUCUGACUUGUUCCUAUCUAAGACAAUUGAAGUUGCAUUCACAGCAGAACAGCCACAGUUCACAAGAGCACCCCUGGCACACACCUGUAGUUGUUCUUUGCAACUGGCAACUAACUAUAAAGACUGUGCAGAUUUUAGAACAGAGUUCAUAUCUGUGUUGAGAAGUGGAGUGUGGGUGAUGGAUCUGGUCUAAAAAAAAAAGCUGUGAUGAGCAAAUGUGAUAACGUCAAGAUCCAAGAUUUUCCUGGCUACUUGUUUUACUGCCAAGCACCAAUAGCCACUUGUUGUCAGUAUUGUGUUGUGAAGCAUAAUUCAGGGUGAAGGGAUCAUUGUACUUUAGUCCUUCCAUCAUUAUUGCGGCUUGUCUUUUCAUGUUUUUGCAUUUCAAAAACUGCUCCUCACAAAAAUAAUAAAGGGACUGAGGGAGAUGGGGAAAGGUGCAUGUUCAGUCACAUCCUCUUUUCACACUUUUGUGAUGACCUCACUCCAGUCGUGUGUGCCUAAAACACCUAAAACAAUACC